AAAGUUGAGACUACCGAAAAUUUAGAUGUGGACAGCCCAAUUUUAGGCCGUUGGUACAUCGUUCGUCGAGCAUCAUUUAACAAUAGAGCAAUUAAAGGAUUUGUAUCAGGAUUCUUAUAUUCAUCACGAAUUCCCUGAGCGUAGUGAUGGUUUAUCUACGGAAGAAGCUAGGAAACGUCUACAAGAUGGCGGUGGUAAUGUAUUGCCGCCACCAAAGGAGGAAAGUCUUUUUCGUGUCUUCAUCAAGCAGUUCCAUUUUAAAUUUUGGCUCUUAUUAACGGGUGCGGCCUUUCUAUCGAUAGCUGCCUAUUUCGCACAUUAUGCGAAUGGAUUCAAUGAACCACUGAAUCUCUACUGUGCAGUCAUUCUUCUGUUGGUCGUACUGUUCAUGUGUAUGCUUUCACUAUGGCAGGAGAAUAAGGCCAGAAAGGUAGAACUUCUGCCAUCAAAAGCGAUAGUGAUUCGGGACUGUGAGGAGAAAGAAGUGAACAUCGAAGACAUUGUCGUCGGAGAUUUGGUCAUCAUUAGGUUUGCUAAGAAGAACGAUAGAAAUUACAACAGGAUUUCAGGACAGACGACUCCAGUGGAGUGUACAGCCGAGGCAGCCGCCUCGUAUGUGUCGGUGUUCCAUUCCAGGAAUGUCGCCUUCAAAGGUUCAUACUGUACAGAAGGCGACGGCCUAGGAAUUGUGAUUCGGACGGGAAAAUUCACAGUGCUUGGUGGAAUUGCAAAUCUGCAUACAAAUAUGCUGCCGAUGAAGACAAAACUACAGAAAGAGCUUCGUAUAAUUGCAAAAUUUAUAUCAGUGAUGGCAAUCUGUAUGGCAACCGCAAUGUUCUUCAUCGGAUGUAUUGUUGCAAAAUUUGAGAAUGUACUGGAUCACUUCGUUAUCGGAUUUUUGGUUGUUAUUGUUGCUAAUGUUCCACAAGGACUGCCUGCUACGGUCAUGUCACAGCUACGAAUCAUUGCCAGGCGGAUGUCCCAGAAAAAUAUCUACAUCAAAAAAGUUGACCUUAUCGAUGAACUCGGUGCGGUAACCGUAAUCUGUGCUGAUAAAUCAGGAACAUUGACUAUGAAUCAAAUGGUCGUUACUGAUUUGUGGUACAACCGUCGAAUGGUCGUCACCGGAGCUGGUAUCGACCAUAAACAUCCUCAUAUGCGUGUCAUGCGUUCCGCCGUUAAAUCUGGUGAACGGCUAGAAGAACCUCUUCCUGAUAUUCUCACUGUGAUGUCAGUGUGCAAUCGUGCACAAUUCGAGAAUGUUCGACGUUCAACGUGUCCUGUGUCGACGAUGCGCGCUCUCCAGAAGUCCGCUUCCGAGGCGAUGCUCAGCGGGCCGGUCACGAAAAAGUUCACGAUUGUUGACACACGUACCGGUCAAGUAUCGGAAAGGAUCCGGCCAACUCGUUCGGCAAAACGUCGGGUAAAGUCUCAUAAGAACGACAUCUACGGUAUCCCUAGCGAUGUUGCACUUGUGAAAUACGUCGAACUACACGCUAGCGUUGAAGCAAUUCGUCAACGAUACCAUGUGGUACAUGAAAUUCCGUUCAAUUCGAUUCGCCGGUGGCAGUUGGUGGUGUCACGUUGUUUGGUUGACGUGGAACCAGUGGAGAAUUUACCUGAGCCGUCAAGAGCUCGCUAUGUGGUAAUGAUAAAGGGCGCACCGGAGGUCAUACUAGGCAGUUGCAAGCUCGCCCGUGCCAACAAUGAAGUCGUCGACAUCGACGACGAGUUUCGACAAGAAUGUCAGACGGCAUGGGAAUCGUUGGGCAAUGCUGGCCGACGAGUGAUCGCAUUCGCCCAAGCGCAUUUCAACGCACCGAUCGACGUGAAAUUCGUCCACGGUGAAUACGAAUGGCCAGAGAAUCUAGUUUUCCUUGGAAUGGCCGCCAUUAUGGAUCCACCGAGACCUGAGACGACCGCUGCCAUUAAUCAGUGCAAAGGUGCUGGGAUUAAGGUAUUCAUGAUCACUGGUGAUCACCCAACUACUGCAAAAGCAGUAGCUACUCAGAUUGGACUCAUCGAAGACACUGACACAUACACAUACACACCCAUACACAUACAUAUGCACAUACACAUAUACACAUACACAUACACAUACACAUACACAUACACAUACACAUACACAUGUGACUGCUGA